AAAGUAUCCAUAUACCAACGAACUACUGCCAUCUCCCGUCGACACUUGCGCGUCUGCAUACUUAACAAGGAGCAUACUUAACGAUAACGCGACCAAACGCUCCUCUCGAAGAGCCGGCAUACCUUAUUCUCCCCCGUGCGCGAUAGCAGUUUCCCUGUGUUACUGCAGCCAUGAACGCACCCGACAGAUUCGAGCUCUUCCUCCUCGGCGAUGGCGAAAAGAAAGUGACCUGGGCACCCGAGACUCGCGUCCCUGACGCAGCAGUCUUCACCUUCAACAAGGAAGACCACACCCUUGCCAACCUUCUCCGCGCCAAACUCGCAAAGUCGCCAAACAUUCUCUUCUCAGCCUACAAAGUUCCUCACCCUCUCUUCGCAACCUUUGAACUGCGUGUUCAGACCGAUGGAUCUCUGUCACCAAAGGAUGCCGUCAUUCGCGCCUGUGGAGACUUGAUCCAAGAGUUGCAAAGACUGGACCAGGAGUUCACAAAGGAGUGGGAGUUGAAGAAGAUUGCUGGUCAAGGCCGUGAUGGACUUUGAAGAGCACGAAAGAGGAAGAAGUACAGCGAUGAUGGAGCAUUACAAUCAAGGAGUUUCGGGCGUUCAAUGUUGCUGCGAAUACAUAUGGAAGGGAAAGGCAACAUCACAUACACGUUCAAAAGAAUCAAAAGGAGGAGAGGCGGACAAAAAGAUCGAAGAAAAGGUUGCUGCCCUUUGAUUCGACCCUCGAAAGGUGCGAGGCAGAAGCGUCUGACCUCGCCUGCUCUAUUCGAUUAUGCUUAACUUUGCUCAUCAUGAAAGAUACCCAGACCAAAAUUAUCAAGCAAGACCAUCACACGAG